CCACCCCCCCUCCGCUCUGCCCGCCAUGUUCUGGAGGAGGAGAUACGUGUAGUCCUGGCUUUAGCUGGCUUAGCAUUAGCAGCGCGUAGCUAGGCGGAGGCGCAACAAGCUCCUUGAACGCCGAAAUAAGUACUCUGUCUUGAUUUUUUUUUCCUCCCCUCCUUUGGAAUUAGCCCGAAUAUUUUAUGGGUGUGUAACCCUGGAGUACCAGUAGAGCCUGACGUAGCCCAAAAAUUAUGGUGAUGGCAUGGUCAUGUGUGCAGCCUGCGCUGUGUGUGUGGAGAUGGUUUUAACAGACGCUGUUCUGGAGGACUCAGGAACACUGCACUGGCCUGGAGAAGCCUCAUAAACAAACACACUUUUACACAAAAAGAUUAACACACUGAAAAAGGACACAGACGUGCGAACACAAGCUUCACCUGAAGCACACACACAUUACCGACCAUUAUUGGUGUCCAAGCUCCUCUCCUGUGUGAGAGUGUACUUUUUUUUUUCUUCCUGUCUGUCCCAUCUUCAUCGCCACCAUGUCAAGCACCAUCCGCCGGCAGAUGAAGAACAUGGUUAACAAUUACUCUGAAGCAGAGAAGAAAGUCAGAGAGGCCACGUCUAAUGACCCCUGGGGCCCGUCGUCUUCUCUCAUGUCUGAGAUCGCAGACCUUACAUACAACGUGGUGGCCUUCAGUGAAAUCAUGAACAUGAUCUGGAAGCGGCUCAAUGACCACGGAAAGAACUGGCGCCACGUCUACAAGGCACUCACCCUGCUCGACUACCUGAUCAAGACGGGCUCAGAGAGGGUGGCGUUGCAGUGCAAAGAGAACAUCUUCGCCAUCCAGACUCUGAAGGACUUCCAGUACAUUGACAGAGACGGCAAAGACCAGGGCAUCAAUGUCAGGGAGAAGAGCAAGCAGCUAGUGGUCCUACUCAAAGACGAGGACCGCCUUAAAGGAGAGAGGUCUCAGGCUUUGAAGACCAAAGAGCGUAUGGCCCAGGUGUCCACAGGCGGCAGUCAGAUAGGUUUUGGCCGAGGCUCUUCUCAACCCAACCUCUCCACUUCCUAUAGCGAAGAGUACGGCAGAUCAGAGGGCUCGCCUGCCUCCUACCACGGCUCCACGUCUCCCAACGCGGGUUCAGAGCUGGAGCAGGCCAGACCUCAGACCAGUGGAGAGGAGGAGCUACAGCUGCAACUUGCGCUCGCCAUGAGCAGAGAAGCCGCAGAGCAGGAGGAGCGCAUACGCAGAGGGGAUGACCUGAGACUACAGAUGGCCUUGGAGGAGAGCAAGAAAGAAGGUCCUGGCUCAGCAAAACUGCCCAAGAAGAAGAAAGAGCCACAGUCGUCUUUGAUGGAUCUAAUGGAUGUUCCAGAGCCUGGUGCCACUGCUGACCCGUGGGGCACAGGGGCUGGAGCUGGAGCUGGAGCCGGAGCCAUGGCUGGAGCUGGAGCUGGAGCUGCUGCUGCAUCAGCAGACCCAUGGCAGCCUUAUGGGUCUGCCCCUAAAGCAGCAGCCCCAGUGGACCCCUGGGGUGCCCCUCCUUCUGUCCCACCCCUGAAGAGCUCCGAUCCCUGGGCACCAAACUCCACUCCUGCCUCUGACCCUUGGGGCUCUGCAGCUGCCCGCCCCAAGACUUCCAACACAGGUAACUUUGACCUGUUCAGUGCAUCCAACGGUACGUCCAAAGAAGACUUCUCAGAGUUUGACAGCCUGCGUUCUUCCUCCUCUGUCCCCACUGGUGAUGGGGGCAUAGCAUCCUCUCUCCCCUCCCAGGUCAGUCUGGCUAGCAGCGGCAGCCUGGACCUCUUCGACCCCCUGCCCAACCCGUUAUCUACUUCUCUCACCACAAACCCAACCAGAAAGACUCCAGAGUCCUUCCUGGGCCCUAAUGCCGCCCUGGUCAACCUGGACUCUCUGGUGACCAAACCAGCGCAGCCUGCACCGGUCGUCAACCCAUUCUUGGCUUCAACAGGUGGCUCUGCUCCAGCUCCAGCACCCCAUGCCAACCCCUUCCAAGUGAGCCAGCCAGCUCCUCCCACCCUCAACCAGAUGCGCGUCAGCCCGAUGCCCUCUGGCUUUGCUGCCAUGGCCGAGCCCAUGUCUAUCUCCAGCAUGCCCGCUCAGCCCAUCACCAUGGUCCCCCUGGCAGGGAUGGCCCCCAUGGGCCGCGUCGUACCCGGCAUGGGGGUCGGCGCCAUGGGAGGGGUGGGGACGAGCACAGGGAUGAGCGCGGGGAUCCCGGCCUCCAUGUCCAUGCCCCAGCCGCUGAUGAGCAUGCCCCCCCAAGCCGGGUCGCAGCCCGCCGGAACCACCAAUCCCUUCCUUUUGUGAGAGGCUGUCUGGGGGGGAUAACUUGGCCCAGAGUAACCCUUCCUCUGUCUUCAACUUCAGCUCCUUAAGAAGCUUCAAAACGAACAAGGAGACGUCUUAUCCCAUUUAUCCAUUUAUAACCGACUCCUCUCCAGGUCUCCUCGCCUGGCCUCCUCCAACCUUACCACACUCCCUUCCUCCUCUCUUUCUUCCUCUUUCUUUCUACGCUAAAAGCUGCCUAGUCCUGUGUGUUCCAUACUGAUGUGACGACGACGUUGAUGACCACAAAGACUUUGCUUCUGUCUACAAACUUUAAAGAGUAGCAGUGGUGUUUACAGUUUCCUCACCGAGGCCGGACCGGACCCAGUCUCUCCUCCCUGUCCUCGUCUCAUUCACUCGCCUCCUCUCCCUCACUUCUUCCCUUAGGACUGCUCUUUUCCUCUUCUGUGGUGGAGUGACAGGAGAGUUUGACUGUACUAAUGCCAGGAUCUUAUCUCUUCACUAGAGCUAAUCUUUUAUAAGCCCUGUCAGCUGGUGUGUGUGUGUGUGUGUGUGUGUGUGUGAGUGAGUGCACAUCUCAGUACUUUUACACUGUGUAUAUUCCAGUGAGUUUUACUUACACACACUGGAGUAAGGAUGAGAGAUGGUUAGAUGUGUUUAUACUCUGUGUGUGUUUGUAUGUUUGUGUUACAAAGCAGGAAUUUUGCACAAUUUUUUGCUUUUUUUUUUUUUUUUUCCGGUUUUCUUUCUGCGACUGUUGGGCUCACCGUAACACCUUAGCUUAGGGAGGAAGUCCAGCCGCUUAAAACGACCGAGACGACACACACACUGCCUCGGUUCUUGGUACCACUCAGUCACAACUCUUGUCUGGUCACUUCUUCCCCCUCAACCUUGGACCUUUUUUCUCUGACCCUCCACGUGAACUUUGACCUCAGCGGGUCACAGGAUUUAACAAUGAACGCUUCUCAGAGGAGGUAAACCCCUCUUUUUAACCCCUAGGAGUUGAAAAGAUGAGUAAACGCGGCAGUUGUUUGUUUUGUUUUUUUUGUUUGUAUGUGUGUGUGCGCAUAUGUAGGUGUACUGUUACUGCUCGGAUACUAACAGCUACAUGUCGAUGUAUUUGCCACUGAGUUUUGCCCAGCGUGUGUUUAGAGAAAAGACACGAACUGUGAUGGCAUCAGUAUUUUGCUAUCUGAACAUAUGGAUGCAGCGAGGCAUCUUGGGACAGUUUUUCUUUUAAAAUUUGUUACUAGGGUCAAAGGGAUGAGGGAGGGAUGUGUGUGUGUGUGAGUGAGUGAGUGUGUGUGAGUUUGCGUGGGAGAUACGUUUAGCUUCCAAGUGUACUUUAAUGAACAUUUUUUUUCCAUUUCUCACUCAGAGUUAAGAGGAAACCGACUUAGAAUUUGCUCAAGUUAGUUUCUGAACUGCAACUCAAAAACAAGGGGUAAUUUAGGCAUCAGCAGCCUUAAGUGUGUGUCUGUGUGUGUGUGUGUGUGUGUAUGAAUAUGCAACCAUUUAUCAAGGAAUGUUACUAUGGUGACAAGGUUGCGAAGAAAGCUCCAGGUUUAAAGGGCAUGUCCGCCACUCAGCGUUGUGAAGAGUUUUACCUCCGACUGGAUUUGCUCUGGCUAAUCUAUUUACAAGAACAUUACCGCGUGAACACACACACUCACUCACUCACACACACUCUCGAACGGGGCUGUUCCAAGAUCAGACUAUUGAUAGCACAGGGAAUCCCGCAGUUGUUAAUUUUGUUGGUUACUUUUUGUUGUUAUUUACUCGUUUAGAUGUAAAUCCAUAGCCAAGCCUUUUUCUGAGUUUUGGAGCCGUGUACUAGCUAAAGCCAUGUGUCAUCUUUAUUCACUCUUUUGUCUAUUUUCUGUCAUUCUAGUUUUUUCACCCUAUGGGUAGGCUAUGUAAUUCUCUUCUCUUAGAAGCACAACUGUUACCAAAGUCAUAGCGACUGUGAUUUCUGAGGAUGCCGUACUUUGAGCAGUAGGGUCACACUUCAUUGACAUUUUUCUUUCUUUUUUUUGUUUUUGGUUUAUGGAUGGUAUCAUAGACUCCAUGUUAAAUUGUUUUAUAUUUCAGAGCUAUUUUACAUUUUGUCCAGAGUUUGUGUAAGAAAGUGUUACCAUUUACUGACAGCAAGAUGAGCAUCUCUCUCUUCUAUUGGUUGAGAAAAGUGGGUUGAUGAAUGCCAGCUAAAGAUGAGUUGCAUAUAGACCCUCCUUCUCUUGAAGUCACUGUAGUGUCCUCAGCUCUGUCAGUACAGCUGCCUGUGUUCUUACUGUGGAAGGCUUUUCCCCUCUUUUGGUGUGGGUUGGCGCCCCCUCAUGGUCUGCUGUGGUAUGAUAGCUACACCGCAGGACCGUGGACAUUUCCACUUAACGCAGACCUUCAUUUCUCUCAGGCAAACGGAGGGGCAUCUCCAACUGUAUGUAUGAAUUUGAUGAUAAUGCUGAGGGUGGUGGUGAUGAUUUUUUUUUUUUUUUUAAUGCUUGGGGGUCUUGAAUGAAUGGAUGUUACACUUGCAGACCAGCAAACAUUUUUAAUCUCAACUAAAUAUAUGCAAAAAUUGGAGUUGGAAAAGUGGAAAAAAAAGAUAAGAAGACUUAAUGCUCGACGUGUUUCGCAAAGUCAGAUUUGCUAAUAAAGUCUCGUUUAUGGGAAGCUACGAUGAUGUUCUAGCUGAGACGUGUCACUUUCGCACUUGGCCUGUGUUUCACUGCGGCCUGACCUUAAACGUUACUCCAGCGAUUGUGGAAAAGUUUGUUAUUGGUGCAUUUAAACAAACAAACAAAAAAAAAACAAGCCUUUACUGUUUUUGAACAAUUUGAGCACUCCCAAACAGUCAGACGACACUGCAGUUGAACACUUUUUCUUGAUCCCUGGCAGCAGUUUCACAGUCGUGGCUAUGGUGCAGUGAAAAUGUGGCCUGUGUGUAGCGAGCUCCUCCGUGUUACUUUAUGUAUUCACUAUGCUUUUAUCAAGAGGACUAACUGACCUUACGGGCUGUCUGUCUUUAUAUGCAUAAACAGCCUCCUUUAUUCUUUUUCAUGUCUGUCUAGUUACCCUUCUCAUAGUACUGGGAGCAGGCUGCUUUGUUUUUUUGUUUUUUUUAUUGGAUACGUGCUCAACCCGUUGGCAUUAUAACUGUAUAAUAUAAUUUAUCAUUUGUACUAUUGUAACAUACUGUUCUUCUGUAUACCUUAUUAUUCUGUGUAAUGGGUUUUUGUAGGAAAAGUCAUUGUGGUAUUUUAACGGCAUCUAAACAAACGAACGCAGCAGGCCGCACCCUGUUGGAUGAGGACAACUGUAGCUGCAUCGGUUCAAAAUAAAAAUGUGUAUCACUUCA